CUACAUUUCUCGUCUGAAAUCGCCUGCUACGACUGUAUCGACGGCAAGAAAUGGAAAACAAGUAACGGACGAUGCACGUUUUGACGCUGGCUUACAUUACAUUUUUCUCGGUCGGUUUAUCUGUGGGCCUAAAGAACGACCCCGAUGCGCAGCGAUGUCUAGCUGUGGGGCUGGAGUGUCACGAGUCGGCGGUGUGCGCGCGGGACCCGGUCUACCCACCCGGCACGGAACAGGCGUACUACUGCCGCUGUCUGCCGGGAUGGCAGGGCGACGGGAUCAACAACUGUGAAGUCCCUCCCAUUGUCCUGGCUGUUGCGCAUCCAAGCAGAUGUAACGAGACGGGGGCUCAGUCAUGUUUUAUGAACAAACUGCCCGGACAAGAGGUGCAGUUCCAAGUCAAAUCGCCAGGAGCGCCAAACGUCCCCAUCCAAUGGUUUAAGUUUUACGUAGGAGAACCUCCAAAUUUCAACAGUUAUCGAAAGCUGCUAAAACCUCCACAAAAAGAAGAACCAGAGGACCGUCCUAUCCCAGAAGGCGGAACGCUCACCAUUCCUCACAUAGAGGAGGACGAUUUUUACGAAAAUUUAUACUGGGCAGAAGUACAACCGACAGAGCAAAGUACGUUGGGAACGAGCCCCGUGGUAGCCUUUGAUCUCGCCGAAGACGAGCGACUAAAUCCUUCUCCUACCCGGGUUUACUUUGGACUGGAGACAAACCUUAUAGUUGUUGGAGCCUUUUUGCCCGGAGAUUCUAUGAUUAUAAAACUACAGAACUAUAUACCCAAACCACACAAACUUCACCAUGUCCGCUGGAAGAAAGAAGGAAACCUGACAGCCUUCACUAGACAACACGAACAACUGCUAGAAACUACAGGUCCCACCCUAUCCUUGAGUCACAUGAAGGAGAAAGACUUUGGAGUAUACCGAGCAGAGAUGUUUGGAAGGAAAGAAGGGGUACCCGGUAUGGAGCUGAUAGCAACAAGACGCUUCCACGUAAAGAAAGACAUCAGCAAAACCUGUAACGGCACUCGAAGCGCAGGUCACUGCAGGUGUAACCCGGGUUUCCUUGGUAACGGCGAACACUGCGCGGACAUUGACGAGUGCUCGGCGGAGUUAGCAGACUGCCUACCGAACGCCUCGUGCCGCAACACGGAAGGUUCGUACCAGUGUGAGUGCCCCACAGGGUACAGGGGUGACGGGCGGACAAGCUGCGAAGAUAUUGAUGAAUGCGCAGAAGAAGAUGAAGACGUAACCAGUUGCCAUGACGACGCAGAGUGUGCCAACACGUUGGGGUCGUUCCUGUGCGAGUGCAAAGCGGGGUACAUGGGGGACGGCAAGGACUGUUUGGGUGAGGAAUAA